AUGAGUGAGACGGCCAAAGACAGGGAUAUGUGUGGUCUGCAAAGUUCUCCACCCUGCAUGGGAGCACUCCUGUAUAUCCUUAAUUGUUCUCUUUUGUUGCUGCUCCAGAAGGAGGCUUUUGGCUGUCCAGCUCCUUGCCAAGUUUGCACAGGGAGGCAAGUUAGCUGUCGUAAUUUAGGGUUUUCAAGCAUCCCGAGGAACUUUCCAAAAACGACAGUUCUUGUGUACCUCAGUGGAAAUAAUGUAUCGCAUGUCACUCCACAUGAACUAAGAGGCCUUCAGAAGCUUGCUGCACUCUACAUGGAUAACUGCAGUAUUUCAUAUGUACACGCAAAAGCUUUUGUGGAACUCCCCAGACUCUGCUACUUGCAUCUAAAUAACAAUAAUAUUAAACGCCUGGAUCCAGGAGUCUUUGAAGGUCUUUCCAAUCUUCAUUGUUUAUACCUUCAGAAUAAUCAAAUAGCUUUUGUUCCCAGAGGAUUAUUUACUGAUCUCAUUUCUGUUAGAUAUUUAACACUUCAAAAAAAUCGUCUCAGUGUCCUUGGAAGUGGGACUUUCUUGGGAAUGAUAAAUCUCCAAACACUUAACCUAGCCCAUAAUAAGAUUUCACGGAUAUCAGAUUUAGCAUUUCAUGAUCUUGAAAACCUUGCAUAUUUGUUCCUUGAAGGUAACAACUUAACACUUGUGCCAUCAAAUGCUAUUGGAAAGCUCAAGAAUCUUCAAAGACUUUCUUUAUCUCACAAUCCCAUUGGAUCAAUACAUCCUUUUGCAUUUAAAGGACUUAACAAGCUUAGGUAUCUGUCUUUAAAAAACAUGAACCUGAAAUGUAUUGCUCUAAAUGGUUUUUUUGGAUUAAACAACCUUAGCCAGUUAAUCUUAAGUUAUAACAAUUUAGAAAAUAUAAAUUCCAGCACUUUUACUUUAUUGAACAAUUUGAUGUAUCUGCAGCUAGACAGGAAUAAAAUAACCAGUAUUGGUGAUGGUAGCUUUGAAAAAAUGGGACAGUCGCUUAAAAUACUCAGUUUAGCAUUUAAUAACAUUACAGAGUUACAGCCUGAGGUGUUCAAGCCAUUAGCAUCUUUAACUCAGCUACAGGUAAAUUAUAAUCCUUGGAACUGCAGCUGCAAAAUGCUUGGGUUACUUACUUGGCUAGCAUCGUCUCCUGUUUCUGUAAAAAUCCACUGUCAGAAUCCCCCGAGUAUGCGUGGUAGACCUUUGCAUUACAUUAAGUGGAGUCGGUUUGCCAACUGCAGUAGCCCUACUGCCAGCCCAGAAACAGCCUGGACUCCAGGAUCUGUGGGUGUCCAUCACAGUGCAGCCACUCUGCUGGUGGCCUGGCAUAAGGGAAGGAGGCACAACGCCUUUGAACAGUUCCUCAGUGCAGAAACUAACUAUGUUGCUUUCUGGGAAGAAACUACAGCAGCAUCUGUCAACCCCUUGCCCUAUGGAGAAAACGUUGCUGACAUCCCAUCGCAGGCACCUACAGCACUGUCAACACUGCCGGUGCAAAUACCAGCACAGACUAUACCUGCAAACAGAACUGUAGAAGAGGCAGCUCUGUUUCCAACAGAUGCUCCUCCUGUAUCAUUAAAAACGUCCUUACUUUGUGCACAAGAAGUUGAAAAGCUGAAUCAGGCUUUUGACAUUUUACUAGCCUUUUUCAUUCUGGCUUGUGCUGUGAUCCUGUUCUUAACCUGUAAAAUUAUUCAGUUUAAGCAGAAAGUAAAGGCACUGGAGAACUCAGGGGAAAAGAGAAUAGAAUAUUAUGGGGUUUAUCAGCCUGGAAGAUACAACAUAACUGACCCAGUGCCAUCUCUAACUGAGAAUUCAAUGGGGCAUUCAGAACUGGACCAAAUUAGGCUACUCAAACGAACAGCAUCUGAAAAUCAGGCACAGGUCAUAUUGUUUGAACAUUCAUCAUUGUGA